AUGUCUAGACUUGAGCAUAAACUUGCAUUUAAGCGAACAGAGUUGUGCAAAGUUGUCAGCCUAACUUCCUCUUCCAAAGCCAUUGAAGUCCAGCGGCAGGACCAAAACGCAAGACCCCUGGUGAUGGCCCAGGUUGCAGUGGAUGUUUUGGGCAUCUUAAAUGUGGGACCAAGCUCUAAGUACUCACAGCUAAGCAAGAUCAGGGGUAACCAACUGGUUUCCAAACCAUCACGGGCAGGCGGCGCGACCCAGAGCCUGCGAGGGGCCAGCUCGGAGGCGAGGGGGGCAUCGGGGGCCCGGGGCAGCGCGCCGCACAGCCGCCUCUGCCGAGCGCACGGGAGGCUCCUGGGCGUGGGGGCGCACGGUGUGGCCGCGGCGGCGGCGGGGGAUGCGCGAAGGAUGGUGAAGACCAAGGGCGCCGCUGGGGCGGCCGCGAAGCCGCGGGCCAGGAGCCGACCGGCCGCCGAGGCCGCCGAGGCGCCGCUCGCGGCCCCCGCGGGCAAGAGCAAGGGCCGGCCGGGGAGAAAGAGGAAGCUGCCGCUCCCGGACCAGAAGGCGGAGGAGGCGCCAUUGCCUCCGGGCCCCUUGGAGAGCUGCUCCUUGGAUCUCGGGGGGCAGCGCGAGCGCUGGGUAAAGUUUCAGAAGCGCCAGAGCCUGACUUGCGAGGGUGCAGCCAAACUCCUCCUGGACACCUUUGAAUACCAAGGUCUGGUGAAACACACUGGAGGCUGCCACUGCGGGGCCGUGCGCUUUGAAGUCUGGGCUUCGGCAGAUCUGCAUGUUUUUGACUGCAACUGUAGCAUUUGCAAAAAGAAACAGAACCGACACUUCAUCGUUCCAGCUUCUCGGUUCAAGCUUCUGAAGGGUGCUGAGAACAUCACCACGUACACCUUCAACACCCACAAGGCCCAGCACACGUUCUGCAAGAGCUGUGGGGUGCAGAGCUUCUACACGCCUCGGUCCAACCCCGACGGUUACGGAAUCGCCCCCCACUGUCUGGACGAAGGCAGCGUGCGCAGCAUCGUCAUCGAAGAGUUCAACGGGAGCGAAUGGGAGAAGGCGAUAAAGGAGCAUAAGACCAUUCAGAGCAAGUCCAAAGAGUGAGCCCAGCGGCCCGGCGGGGGCGCCUGCCAUGACACGUGCGGGGGUCCCAGGGCCCCCCCACCCCCGUGUCGGAAGCAGAAGGGAUCACUUCGUGCGGAGAGGCAGCCGAGGCGGCCGGGCCGGAGGCUGCUGUUCUUUCCUGGACCAAGCAGGCUGGGCCCGGCUCCCCGGGCUGCACGGGCCCCCUCAGCCCAGUCCGUGGGCCAGAUCAUUUCACCUCCCCCUCCCCUCCCCACUUUCAUGUGAGCUUUUAGGGACAUGAGCCUCCUUUGGUUUUUAUUAAAGAUAAUUAUUACUGUGGUUCCUCA